AAGUUUAUUACAAUUAGAAGAAAGAGGCAGAAUUAGGAAAACUAAAAUCUACUCAAUAUUUUAGAAUAAAGGGACAAAUUUGUAAUUCCAAAUUCAAAAUAUGUAUAAAAAUAAAAAUAUUAUAUACUUCUCCUUGGUGUGUAUGAGUACGGUCUAUUCCUCUAUAUAUAAUCCCUCUGAUCUCCAAACCAACGCCACAUUUCAUACCCAUCCACCAAUUUCCAAACACAAAACCAACACCUUUCGGAGAAAAACAGGAAUGGGUAACAGCUUAAGGUGCUGUUUGGCUUGUGUUCUGCCCUGUGGAGCUCUCGAUUUGAUACGAAUAGUUCACCUCAACGGCUACAUCGAAGAGAUUACCCGUCCGGUCACCGCCGGCGAGAUCCUUCAGGCCAAUCCUAAUCAUGUUCUCAGCAAGCCCUGCUUCCAAGGCGUCGUCCGUAAAAUCCUCAUCCUGUCUCCUGACUCCGAGCUCAAGCGGGGCAGCAUCUACUUCUUGAUCCCGUCGGCUUCCUUGCCGCCGGAGAAGAAGAAGGGCUGCGCUGCCUCCGCCGCUCUCAAGUCCUCCAAAAAAAGUAGGAAGUGCCAAGAACAAGUUUCCGAGGACUACUGCAACCGGUACCUCACAGAUGUUAUAUCGGAAAAGAAGUCAUCAAGUCGAGAUCGCCGGCACCGGAAAAGUCGCAGUCGCGUAGUCGAAUGGCGACCCCAUCUCGAGAGCAUCGCGGAGGACUAGUUUUUUUGUUUUUGUUUUUCCGGUGCCGGGAUCUAACGUCAUCUCCAUGGUGUACAUGUACACGUAUAUAAGCAAAAGCCGUCCAAUUAUAUGUAUGCAUACCGUGGAGUGUCUGGUUUUGUGGAUAUAUAGAGUUUAUUUUUCUUUUUCUUUUCUUAUUAUGGCCUGCGGAAAAAUAAAACAGCAGAUCUAAAACUCUCAAUAUUUUCUAUGAGGAAAAAAGAGGGAUUAUCUACUAAAUGGGAUUUGCAUAUACCCCCUAAUCAAAGUUGUAAGUAUGAAAGGAAACCUCUAAUUUUCUCUUUGAUUUUGUUGUUUUCUUUAAAAUUAAUUAAUACAGUAUAUGAUCCAAU